AUGAAUAAUAUUGAUUAUAUAGAUGAAGGUUCCGAUCUCGAUGAGUUGUUAAAAAAAAUAAGUGCUACUUAUAAGGAAUGUAAUAAGUAUGAUGAGUAUAUAGAAAAGGAUAAAGAAUUUAUAGAGGAUGAUGAUAUAGAUGAGGAACAAAUGAAUGAUAAAAAAAAAAAAAAAAAAAAUAGUAAUAACUAUUACAAUAAGAAUGAAUAUACACUUAAUAAUAAUAUGAAUAAAUAUACUUCUGAUAAUAAUAAAAAUUUUAAUGUUACAAAUAAGAAAGCUGAGUCAAUAAAUAAAUUUGAUGAUCUUAAGAAUAUUAUAAUGAACGAAAAAAAAAGAAA